GUUCCCUCGCAAGUUGCAGAACAAUGUCUGUUCUGUAGACAUAAAAUUGGUGAAUUUCAAAUUCAAACUCGUCAAGAGCUUUCCUCUACUACGAAGUUCUGCAACGUAUCUGAUAGAGAGAGAUCAGAGACAUGGGAGUCAAGAAUUUAUGGGAUGUCUUAGAAUCAUGCAAGAAAAUCCUGCCACUUCAACAUCUCCAAAACAAAAGGUUAUGCAUAGAUCUCUCUUGUUGGAUGGUUCAACUUCAAAACGUGAACAAAUCACACUGCGCUAUCCAAGACAAGGUCUAUCUCAGGAGUCUAUUUCACCGCCUUCGAGCUCUCAUUGCUUUGAAUUGUAGCCUUAUUUUCGUUACUGAUGGAUCAAUUCCUGCUAUUAAACUAGCCACUUACAGACAACGAUUAAAGUCAGGAAUUGAGGUUGACCACAUAACAUUGUACAAUGCCCAUCGUCUUUACUCCUGUAGAUGCAGUAGUAAGUAUCUUUCAUUAUUUUCCUCUCUGUUAUUAUUUGGUAAAUUGGAAAAGGUUUCUUUGUGCUGUAGGUUACUCAGGAUGAGACAAAUUCAACAAAAGCUUGUUCACUUCGGAGAAAUAUGGGAUCUGCGUUCUCACGUAUGAUAAAAGAAGCAAAAGCCCUUGGACUUGCACUUGGAAUCCCUUGCUUGGAUGGGUAAUUUGGUAGUCAAAUUUUUAUUUUAUUUUGGUUCUUCUCCAUACUUGGUAAAAAGUGAAUAGCAGAUAAUAACAAUAUGUAAACUUUUCAAGGACAUAUAAGGCUGAAGAAUUAACACUCCUUAUGGCCAUGCAUGGCUUUAUUUUAGACAAACCUUGGUGCAAGGAAUACAAGAAUCUGUUGGACCACCAACAAUAUAAGAACCGAAUUGAGGAAGCUGAAGCACAAUGUGCACUGCUAAACUCAGAAUCACUGUGUGAUGGAUGUUUCACUUCAGAUUCAGACGUCUUCCUUUUUGGUGCAAGGACAGUGUACAGAGACAUAUGCCUUGGGAAAGGAGGUCAUGUAGUUUGUUAUGAAAUGGCAGAUAUAGAGAAAAAACUCGGCUUUGGGAGGAACUCAUUGAUAACACUAGCCCUUCUUCUUGGAAGUGAUUACUCUGAGGGAAUUCAUGGCUUAGGUCCAGAGUCAGCCUGCCAGAUUGUUAAGUCUGUUGGAGACAAUAAUGUCCUUCAACGAAUUGCAUCAGAAGGAUUAUCCUUUGCUAAGAAAGCUAAAAAUUCAAAGAAAAGGACACAGCCAAACUCAUUGCAUCCUGAAUUUAACGUUAAUGGAAGGGAGGAGAAUAUAGAUGAGCCAAAUCAGUUUUUGCAAGUAAUUGAUGCAUAUUUGAAGCCCAAGUGCCACUCAGCAGAUUCAGAUGUAGUCUACAGGGUUCUUGUUCAGCUGCCAUUCCAACGAGUCACACUUCAACAAAUAUGUGCUCAGUUCUUUGCGUGGCCACCAGAGAAAACAGAUGAGUAUAUCCUCCCGAAAAUUGCUGAAGGAGAUUUGCGGAGAUUUGCCAAUUUGCGGAGAACUUCCUCAGAACUAGGAGUUAGGCCUCCUCCAGACAAGAUUCCGGUUAAGUGCCCUGUAUCUGGAAUUGUUAAACGCAGAAAAGCUCAGGGAAGAGAAUGCUUUGAGGUGUUGUGGGAAGGGUUAGAUGGACUUGAAACCUCCAUAGUUCCUGUUGAUCUCAUAGACAGUGCUUGUCCUGAAAAGAUAGCUGAGUUUGAGGAGAGAAGAGCUAUGGGGAAGAAACAAAAUCAUCAGAACCGGAACCCAAGAACAAAGAAAUCGAGAAACAGAUCAGCAGCGGCUGAAGUUGAUUUAAGACUCCAAACUUUGUUGCUUGACAUUGAAUCGGGAAGCAGCACCACUUCUAGUGAUUCCUUUCCCUCAAAAGAGAUGAUAUCGGAGGAGUACAGCACAACUGCAACUGCAGGUCAUCCACACAUGGUAGAGUCACAACAAAGUGUUACCGAUAGCAAUGCUGCCCUGCCUCCUUCUGAUACUGAUCCUAGUCUCGCAAAAUACGAGAUAAUUGAUCUCUUGAGCCCUUCUCCACCGGUGCGUGCCCGCAAAGUCUCUAGAUUUCAACGAGUCGGCAAACAAUGUAUUGAGUUGAUAGAUUCGAGUGAAUCAGAAACUGAAGCGUCACCUGAACAUGUGAGAAAGGCAAGAGAGCUUAGAUUGUUUCUAGCUAGCAUUAAGGAUGACAUUUCUUGAAGACAAUGGAAAAUAUUGGAUAAUGCGGUAAUAAUAAUAAUAAUAAUAAUAAUAAUAAUAAUAAUGUAUUAUUUAUUUGAUCA